ACUCGGAGGCGCGAGCACUCGACUCGAGCAGUCGGAGCUGGAGCACGAAGCGAUUCGGAGAGGAAAAUGCUGGACGAUGUAUCCCGCUGUACCGGAUCUUCCUUACGUCCUGUCGGAACGUGAGGAAAUCAACUCGAUCCUGUACAAACCGAUCAACUCGACGCAGCGGAUAAAGUACACAUGUUUCAACGCCUCAGCAAGUUACAUUAUACUCGGCUCGACCAGUGGCAGCGUCUACUUGUUCUCCAGAGAACCAUGUUCAUUUCUUCAAAUAAUACCUCUAUCGGAGGGUGUAGUCUCGCGUGUGGCGAUAUCACCUGACGAGAAGACCGUGGCCUUAGCAACAACUCGCGGUACCGUCUGUCUAGUCUCUCUGAAAUCCACUCCGCAAUUGAUAUCAGUAUCGACGGAACACAUGUAUAAACAAAUCACUUGCAUCUGCUGGAAUAACAACAGUACCGAUAUAUACGUGGGAGAUGCAGUCGGCAGGGUCUCCGUUAUGGUGCUGUCCAUAUUCACGGUCAAUGGAAUGUUUCAAACUCCAGCGUGCACGCUGAUGAAUCUGGACUCCAGCGUCGUGCAAUUAAACUUCCUCUCGCCUCUGCUGCUGGUCUCCACGUUAACGCGCUGCUACGUCUGCGACACGGUGCGAGAGCAGUACAAGCAGAUAGGCAAUAAGCCGCGGAACGGGGAGUUCGGCGCGUGUUUUUACACGCACGAGAGCGACACUUUGAGCGCGCAGAGGGAGGAGAGGAACAUCAACAACACGCGGGGGGCGUUCAACUUGAUCUCCGACAACGACAGCAAUGUCCUGGGCGAGAAUCAUUCGAAGAUAUUUUGCGCGCGACCCGGCUCGAGAUUGUGGGAGGUUUCGGCCGACGGGAUCGUCGUGAAGACGCAUCAGUUCAAGGAGGCUUUGGCCAUUCCUCCGAUAGCAAUAUUUCGAUCGGAUAGUACCUUAGAAUCUAGUCAGCUGGAGGUGACGGAGCGCGAGUGGCCGCCGCAGUCUGUCAACUUCUCGCACCUGUUCGUACUUGCACGCAAGUAUUUAUUUUCCCACACGACCAGCGGCCUGUACAUUAUCGAUCCGAGCACGAACGCGAGCACGCCGUUGUGGAGCAACGAGUACACGAACAUCAGCAUGACGGCGAUCGUGGACAAUCGGAUCUACUUGAUGACCUGUGAUAGCGAAUUUCAUUGUUUAGCAUUGUCGUCGCUCGACAGUCUGCUACUGCGGCUGUACUGCCGCGAGCAGUACAGCGAGUGUCUGAGGGCGUGUUUUGUAUAUAAGACGCAACUGUUGAAAGCCGUCGGCACCGAGGAAAUUGUCGGGCUGUUCGAGGUGGAAAAUCUGCCGCGGGACGAGAAAGCGCUGCUGCGGCCGUUGAUGACGCUUCUGCAAGCCGGCGGUGACAAUAGACCGGCCAAACUGGACUCCGGGAUCGUAGUCGUGCGCUCGCAGAACGACGAUAGAUUCGCGAAUAAGAAAACCUACGGCUGUGAAACGACGUCCUCGUCGCAGUCUCCCGAAAUCUCCAGCGACGAUUCGUCCGAGAUUCAAGUAGAAUCUGGGAAGGAACGGGAAGAGAAUCUCGCGCGAGGAAACGCCCUCGGAACGGCUUCGGAGAACACGCUCGACUCGGAUCACGAUGGCGAGAUGUUAGAUGCCAAAGAUGACGGUGGUCAGAAGCCGGAUUUUCAAGAGAACGUUACGCACAGAGUGCAGUCCGACUUGCGGUCGAUUUACGACGUGGCGAACAGCAUCAGACCCAGUAUGUCGGAGAGGGAGAUCGAGGAAAUUAUCUCGGAGACGGACAAAAGGAUGAGAACUGUCAAAGAUUCCUAUCGCGACUCGCCCGGGCUUCAGAGCUUCAUCUACGAGGUUACUCGCGUCGCGGAGUUGCAUUACUACAACAUGUUUCUGGAGAACACCUCCACGCGGCUGAUCGAUGUCGGCGGCGAAUACGUGGUGCGACACUUCGCGCGAGCCUUCAUCGAGAUCAACGCGCCGACUUACUCCAGAUGCGGCUGCGGCUACCCCUACCCGAUGGACGAGUCCGUGGAACCCAAGUUCCUAGCGGUCGGCGAGUCCUUGGUCAAGAGAUACGCGGACGACCUGCCGAAAGAGUGCGGCAACAUCUGCGACAGGGUACCUUACAUGUGGCGCACGUACCUGCCGAUCCGCGUCGAGCGACGCAACGCGCUGGACGACCUGUUGAGACAGUGCCUUCAGACCAGAGACAACGUCGUGCUGUCGUUCCUUCUGCCGGCGCUGAACGAGCAACAGUGGAGUUGCGUGAGCACGUGCCUGAGCGAGAUCAAGGACGGCACUUGCCUCUUCUGCGCGACGCCGUUGGUAAAGCGAUCCGAUUGCAACGUACCGAUGGACUGGAGCGGGAUCGCCAGAGAGAUCAUGAGGAGAGAGGGACCGGACGAGGCUAUGGCGUUUCUGAUUAAGCUGGAGAGUAUGAUGCCAGGCAUUGAUUUGGACAGAAGUAUAUUCCAGUCGAUCGUGUUUACAAAAAUGCUGCAUCGCCGAGGCGUGAAGAAGUCGAUUGAUUUCAGUAAAACUAAUCAAUUAUCAUCGGAAUUUGGUACAGUUUGCUCACCACAGAUACGUGAACAGCUGGCGAAAGUUCUCGAGAAAGAUUUAAGACGAUCGAUCGAUAAAAAUGUGUUCGGAACAGGCGCUCAUCAUUGGGGUAUGCGACAUCGGAUUAAAGCAUUGACGUGCCCGGGCUGCACGUUAUCUCUACAGACGCCGAUUUUGCUAGGUGACAAUGGAGUCGCGAUCUUCCGUUGCGGCCACGCCUAUCAUGUAAAUUGUAUGAUAGAGAGAAAGCUCACUAGAUGCAAUCUUCAUUAGUUAAUAUUGUAAAUAAGUCAAAUAGAAAAAAAAAAGAAGUUACGUACCAUAUAUACAUUUCUCUUAAAAUAAAGCUCUCUUCGAACGUACUCGAAUUUAUGUCAUUUAUUAUCCAUCUAGUAAAGAUAUUUUUUUCUAUAUCGUCGCAAAUCUUUGGAUUUAUUAUCUCGGUACAUUCGUUUUUAUCACAGUUGCAAGUUUUGGACGAUACAAGAGGAAUAUCGUAAACUAUAAGGCGGAACAAAAUCGCUAUCUAUAAUACAAACAUUAUAUCGUAUCAUCUCGUUAGAGCACACAUUUUUCGAAUUUAUCUACUUUUGUUCAUUAUCAAAAUGGCAUCACUUUUAUAAGAUCGUUUUAUAAGAUAAUUGUAAUGUGUUAUCAUUAAUCACAACUGCAAUGAUUGAUUAUAUAGUUUCUCGUGUACAGAGUCAUUAGACAUGCGCGUACAAUAAAUAAAAUAUCCUCGCACGAUUUCUCACGUCGCUUAAGUUAAGUCGAUUAAGUUUUCUUUGCGAGAAAUCAAGAGGAGGGCAAAUACACAUCUAGAUUUACAUGAAUAUUACAUUAUUUGUCUUAUCACUUACCUUAUUUGACGUUAUCGAAAUAUAUUUAUUACAAUUACACGCGUACAACGUGUAAAUAUAUAACUUCGUACGUGGCCUAUUAUUACGCAUUUGGCAUUCCUAAGUCUCGUUACGGUUUUGCAGACUAUCCUUCAGCAAAGUAAAAACUCAAAAAAAAAUCUAGAUCAUUCGAGAUACAUUAAACUGAGAUUUAACAUAAUGUGUUGACAUUAUUAUGUAACAUACGUUUCGUAUAUUCUCAUAAGUCUGCUCAGAUCUGUACAUUUACAGCAAGAUCUCUAUAUACUUAAAUAUCGACACAUAUGUAUCCUUAUGAAUAAAUAAAUCCAUAUAAAAAUUGUUUACGCAAA